UCAUCAUCUAUCCCCGAAGCCUUAAACAUAGAUUCCUCAGAUUCCAUACCCAUCUGAAUCUCCUUUUUUGUAUCAAUCAUCAUGGUGUACAACUGUUUCACCCUCCAUCUCCAUCCCCAUCCCAAUCCCCACCACUCUCUCUCCUCUUCAAUCUUUCCAAAAUCAAGACCCAAUUCUUCAUUCACCACCACUCUCCUCAAUCCAAUUACCAUAACUACCAAAAUACCCAUCACCCAAAACCAAACCCUUCACAAAAGAUGUCAACUUUUUCCACCCAUGGCAUCAUCAAUCCAAUCCAAGCCCAACCUAGAAUUCGAUGAAUUCGAGUCCGAUCCAACCCUCACCAACGAUGACCUCAAGCCGACGACGCCGGAUCAACGGACCUUUUCCUGGUGGGAAUUGGCUAGCCUAUGGGUUGGGCUUGUUGUGGGUGUUCCAUCAUACUACCUAGCAGGCAGCCUAGUUGACCUUGGCAUGUCAUGGUGGCAAGGAAUUGCCACUGUUGUUGCUGCCAACAUAAUCUUACUAGUCCCACUAGUCCUCACCGGCCAACCCGGAACCCGCUACGGCAUCUCAUUCCCGGUCCUCGCCCGGUCGUCGUUUGGGGUCCGUGGGGCCCACAUCCCAACCCUCCUUAGGGCAUUGGUUGGUUGUGGAUGGUAUGGUAUUGAGACCUGGAUUGGUGGUGAGGCAAUUUUCCUACUUUUGCCCAAAUGCAUCACGGACACAUCAUCUUUGACCCAAAACCUACCUUGGCUUGGCACUUCUCCACUUGAAUUCACUUGUUUUCUAGUCUUUUGGUUUGCCCAAUUGACAAUAGUGUGGAAAGGCAUGGAAGGUAUUCGGAAACUUGAAAAAUACUCUGCUCCAAUCCUCAUAAUUCUCACCUCUUGCCUCCUCAUUUGGGCCUAUGUUAACGCUGGUGGCUUUGGCCACAUGCUCUCACUCUCCUCCAAACUUUCCUCUUCACAAUUUUGGGCAGUUUUUUUCCCAUCCCUCACAGCCAACAUAAGUUUUUGGGCUACUCUAGCCCUUAACAUCCCUGAUUUCACCCGAUACGCCAAGACCCAAACCGAUCAAAUUGUGGGUCAGGUGGGGCUCCCAAUGUUCAUGGGGUUAUUCACAUUCGUUGGCCUGGCCGUGACCGCAUCUACUGAGGUGAUUUUCGGGCACGUGAUCUCCAACCCAAUUCAACUCCUGGGUCAAAUUGGAGGUUUCUCAACGAAAAUUUUAUCAAUUUUUGGAAUUAGUUUGGCGACCAUCACGACCAACAUUGCUGCCAAUGUUGUGGCCCCUGCUAAUGCCUUGGUCAAUCUCAGCCCUUCAAAUUUCACAUUCAGAAGAGGGGCAAUUUUAACAGCAUUGCUUGGCAUUGCUUGCCAGCCUUGGAGGCUACUUAAGUCAAGUGAGAGCUUUGUCUACACAUGGCUUGUCGGUUACUCCGCAUUGUUGGGUCCAAUUGGGGGCAUAAUUUUAGCAGAUUACUAUGUUAUUAGGCAAACCAAUUUGAGUGUUGAGGAUUUGUAUUCGUUGAGUCCUCGUGGGGCAUACUAUUACUCAAAUGGGUAUAAUUUGGCAGCGAUGGCAGCUCUGGUGGUUGGGAUUUUGCCAGUAGUGCCAGGUUUUUUGCAGAAUGUUGGGAUUCUCACGACGAUCCCGGAUUCAUUUGUGGUGAUUUAUAACAAUGCUUGGUUUUUUGGCUUCUUUACUGCAGGGUUUGUUUACUGGAUUCUUUCGUGUUUGAAGGGAAAUCAAAGGAAUUCUCAACUUGUUGACCCCCUUUUGCCCACUACACCAUGAAAUGUUUUGCUCAUUUUUUAUUUUUUACAAUCCUAUCUAUGAAGCACAAUAUAUAUGCACACAGUUUGAUUUGAAAUGGUAGUGCACGUUUCUCCAGUUGAUUUAUGGAUUUCGAGUGUUCCAUUGA